AUGGUUACUGGUAUGUGCCAGAUAUGUUCAUUUUUUGGUGAUUGCAAUGCAAUGUCAUCUUCCUCUCCCUCAAAGUUGGCCACACAGCCCGGUGUCUCAUCUACGACUACUCUGGCUGUGGCCAUAGUAACCUCCAGCACUACGAUUGUCACUUCGCUCAGCUCAACUCCGUCAGCAGCUGUCACUGCUGUGAACCAGAUUUCCUCGUUGGCCACCGUUUCGUCAGCUAGUGUGCUGUCUCCGCCCUCAACUUCUACAACCGCUCUCAGCACGACUACUCCUGCUUCACCAAGCAGUCCCGCUGCUCCAUCCGAAACAUUGAAAUGCAAGGAAAUAGGACGCUUGCGAGAUACAGAGUUUCUUGCGAACAUUGGUUUCACCAGGCAAGUCACCCUCGAACAAUGCACAGCAACCUGUCUCGCGGCGCCCGCAUGCACAUAUUUCAUCUUCAGAAAUGGAGCUGACUGUCUUCUCUUUGGUGGGAAUGUCGCUACAUCUGGACCUGUCGUCCCAAGUCCAGACUAUAACUUGUAUGAGAGAGGCUGUUUUGCCACAAUGGUUUCAAGCUCGACAUAUCUGUCUCCGACAUCCGUGAUUUCCACUACCUCGUCAAGCAGUUCUGGAUCUCCAUCUGCUUCUCCGACACCUGCCGUCUCGGCUCCGCUCUGCGAUGUGCGGGGAUCUCCUGAACAUGCGCAAAACAUGUUCAUAGGGGCAUACCGAGACGACGAAGUUGGAACAUGCUCAUCCAGGUGCUUCAGGAGUCCGGAAUGCACCUACUUCAUUCUCCAAUCUGGUUCGUGUUCCUUGUAUAAAGGCGUACUCGCGGAGGGUGGCCUGAUCAUUCCCAACAACUACAAUCGUCUGUACGAGAAGACUUGCUUCCAGACCGUGGCUUCGAGUUCGUCCGCAUUUUAUUCGUCAACUCAAGUCACCAGAAGCUCGACUUCGUCAGCCACGCCAACCAGCUCUACUCCAACUGAAACGACUACUUCUACAACCCCUUGA